UCCCAGAGCCUGGGAACCGCGCAGCUUCUCGCGUCCCGACUCCAGCGCAGACCCAGACGGGACCUGGACUCAAAGCUUCUCCGGUGCCAGCUCAGGGAGCAGGGCUCUCCGCACUAACUUCUUCCGCGCGGCUCCGUCACUCCGGGCAGUCCCCGGUGCGCACCUGCCAACUCCACCUUCUGCACCUGCCACCCCUGAACCGGCGCGGGCACCCAAGCGAGCCAUGGCCAACGCGGGGCUGCAGCUCUUAGGCUUCAUCCUGGCCUUCCUGGGCUGGAUCGGCUCCAUCAUCAGCACGGCACUGCCCCAGUGGAAGAUUUACUCCUAUGCGGGGGACAACAUUGUGACGGCCCAGGCCAUCUACGAGGGGCUGUGGAUGUCCUGCGUGUCGCAGAGCACCGGGCAGAUUCAGUGCAAAGUCUUCGACUCCUUGCUGAAUCUGAACAGUACAUUGCAAGCCACCCGUGCUUUGAUGGUGAUUGGCAUCCUGCUGGGACUGAUAGCCAUCUUUGUGGCCACAAUUGGCAUGAAGUGUAUGAAGUGCUUGGAAGACGACGAGGUGCAGAAGAUGCGGAUGGCUGUCAUUGGGGGCGUGAUCUUUCUUAUUGCAGGUCUGGCUGUUUUAGUUGCCACAGCAUGGUAUGGCAAUAGAAUUGUUCAAGAAUUUUAUGACCCCAUGACCCCAGUCAAUGCCAGGUAUGAAUUUGGUCAGGCUCUCUUUACUGGCUGGGCUGCUGCCUCUCUCUGCCUUCUGGGAGGUGCCCUACUUUGCUGCUCCUGUCCCCGAAAAACAACAUCUUACCCAACACCGCGGCCUUAUCCAAAACCUGCACCUUCCAGUGGGAAAGACUAUGUGUGACACAGAAGCAAAAGGAGACAGCAGCUGUUGAAACAAAUAGAAAGUGGACAUUGAAAUACUGUCAUUGACAUUAGGACUUUAGACUUUUGACUAUUGUAGUAUGAACUACGGUAUUGCAAAAAAACAACAAAUGCAAAAAAAACUUAUUUUUUUAAAAUGCACACUGCUAAAAAUGGCUUAGUUUUAUUUUACCUCCUUUCCUCAAUGCAGGAGGGAAGGCUUUUCCAUUUUUAUUACUGCUUCCCACUGAGUAAUCAUCUCAAAUGUGGGGAAGGGGAACUCCUUAAAUAUAUAUAGAUAUGUACAUAUACAUGUUUUUCUAUUAAAAGUUAGAUAGCAAAAACUCUUAUUAUGUUGGUACCAGUAUACUUAAAAUAUAUCUAAAAAAAGAAAAAGAUAUUUAAUUCUAUAUUGAUUUAAAAAGCAGUUUAUCUGGUAUAUUUUUCUUUUUCUAUAUGGACACAUAUAUAAUGGGUGAAAUAUUAUUUUCCCUCUUUCAUCAGCUUUUACCAUCUUUGACAAAAGACCUAACCUGCUUUACUAAGUAUGGAUUUUACUUCUUCACAUGUGGCUUUUCAUGUGCUUCUUUUAUAUUAUUUUUAAUUAUGAUCUUAUAGCAUGUGCUUUCAUCAUCCUUCAUGCCUUUUUUUUUUAUGAGGUUGAUCUUAAAUCUUGAAUCUGAUAACACAGUUCAUAAGCCUACAAUAUAAUUCCGAGAGUCAGGAAGAAUCUCUUACAGAACUUUGGGAGCAUAUCUUUCUGCAAGCAAGAUGAUAUGUUCCUGUUGACCUUCCACACGAUUUCUGUACUCUGACCUACAGUGCUCUUGUUUGCUUUGAAAAUAUUUGUCUGAUUCGGUUGCUGUGUGCUGCUUUCCCAAGUGUUGUAACACAAUUUUAUUGAUUGAAUUUUUAAGCUACUUAUUCACAGUUGUGUAUGCCCUCAAACUUUUUCUCCCCCACCCACCUCAACUGUAUUGUUUUCUCCGAUGUACUUAUCGUGUAGUUUACCCCUUUCUAGAGAGAAAAUGGCUCAUCUGUCUGUUUGGUCUGAAUGAAGUACUAGACUUCCUGUAGUGAUAAUCUGAUGACAGAUAUUCUCUCUAACUGUAAGCAAGUCACUUAGUCUUUCUCUUCUUUUCCCACCUGUCAAAUUGAGAUAAUGACACUUAACCAGCUGGUAGAGGUGGUGUGAGUAUUAAUUAGUUGAUAUUAUGCGCAUUCUUUGAACAUGAACCAUGCUUAAGUAGUGUUUUUAUAUACUCAGUUGGCAGUUAAGUCACGGAAUCAAACCUAUGAACACAUUUUUAUAUUGGUUGGCACCUUCCUUUCUUCAUUGGCCCAUCUCCUUUCUAUGAACGGUUGUCUAGCAUGCUUUUGGUUCUCCGCUCCAUUUUAACAAUUGCUCUUAGUUUUCCUGACUGAGAAAUUGCUACUUCACUCGAGCAAGAUGAUGUAAUGGAAAGGUGUUGGCUUUGGUGACUGGAGUCUUGGUGCUGCUAUCAAUUACUGUUUGGGUUUCAGCAAGGCACUUGGCUGCCCUAGAUUCAGUGCCUCAUCUGUAAAAAGGAGAUUGAAAUUCUUGACCUGCCUACCUCACAGGGCUGUUGUGGGGAUCCAGUAAGAUGGGAUACAUGUAAGUGUGGUUUUAAAAGGUUAAAAAAAAAUGUGUACUGUUCUGGGGGAAGAAUUAAGGAUUUAAGUGUAUUGCUUUAGGAUUGCUUUUCAAAUCCCUGAAAGGAGAGAAAUUCUAAGAAAUGGUUUUCUUGCCUUAAUCUCUCAUGUGAUGAGACACUGAAGUGAAAUUUGGCUUACUAAAUGAAAAAGAUUCUAAGGAAGUCUUAGUUUCUUCAGUGGGUGUGGCCUGAUGCUUUUUAAGGCUAAGCUUUUCCCCUUUCAGUAAUGCAGACUUACACUUAAAAUGUAGACGUGUGAGCAUCAGCAAAGCCAAGGUACAGAAGACUUUUUUGAAUUAAAAUAAUUUGCAAGGGUAUGCAAGGUGAGUUUCUGUUAAGUGAUGCUAUCAGAGGUGUUGCUUAGGCUGGCAGGGAGCACUGCUCAAAUAGGUAGUUUGGGAAUGGUAAUUCAUAGUGACACCACAUCAGGGGAGUUAUCCAAAGGACUGCAUCAUAUGAAGGUAUGAACCCCUUAAAGCUUAGUAUGUCUUCCAAACCUGAACCUCUGUGUUCUUAGAAGGUAUAAUUCAAAAGAGUCUUUGCUACAUACAAAGGUUCUAAUCAUGUCUGAGUGUAAAUGCAUGGUGGUUACUGGUUGCUAAACUCUACAGAGAAAUUGAUAGUCCAAAAUGGCCAGCAGAAUUGGUACACCAGAAUUCAUCCAAUUUUGAUAUUUUUGUAUUCUGCUUCUGUGCUUGGAAACAGACAAAUAGAUAUUUUGGAGUUUUUUAAUGGGAAUUUGUAUAAAGCAUUACUCUUUUUCAAUAAAUUGUGUUUUUUAAAUAAAAAAAAAA